AUGCCUAAUUUGUGCAACAACACCACCAAAUACUCCUUUAAGAUAGAAUUUGAUAUAUUUGUGAAUAUACUAAUUUGGCCAUUCAGUACAAUUAUUCUCAUAAACUAUCCUCUCCUUUCUAACUCAUCAAUUAUCUAUCUCCUCUCUCUCUCUAAAAGAAGUAGAAAUGACAACAAUAAAGCCAAGGAGCUAAAGGAAAAAGUAGACGUAAUAACCGGUGGCAAAGCGGGAUCGGCGAAUGCUCUGCAAAACUCUUUGCUCACCAUCGCCGCCAUCCAAGACGACCUCGGUCAUGCAUCGUAUGCCACCGUGCUUGGCUGGACCAACUCCUUCUAUGUCCACUGCGAUGUCACAGACGAAUCCCAAGUCCAAGAUGCGGUUGAAGCUGCAGUCAAAACCUUCGGCAAGCUCGACAUCAUGAUGAACAACGCCGGCAUAGCUGGCCCCAUCAAGCCUGGAAUCAUCGACAACGACGUGCAUGACUUUGAACGUGUCCUUAGUGUCAAAGUCACUAGUGUUUUCUUCGGCAUCAAACACGCGGUGCAGGCAAUGAUCCCAGCUAAAACCAGCUUGAUUAUAUCAACAGGGAACGUGGCAUCAAAUAUGGGCGGUGCGGCGUCGCACGCUUACACAUGCUCGAAGCAUGCGGUAGUGGGGUUGAUGAAGAACGCGGCAGGAGAGUUGGGGCAGUUUGGGAUUAGGGUGAAUUGUUUAUCUUCGUAUGGGUUGAUGACGGGGAUGGUGAGGAAGUUGGAUGAGAUGCAGGUUGAGAUGAUUAUACCGACAAGCAAGUGAUCACGAAAGUAGGUAUGUGAGUGGCCAUAAUUUGUUGAUUGAUGGAGGUAUUAGUAUUGUUAAUCCUAAUAUCCAAAUUUUUCAAUACCCUCAAAAUUAGGUGCUUGUUGGUCCGAAGGUAAUAUUAUUAGAAGAAGCUAUGAGUAGUUUAUUUAUUAGAAAAGAUAGAUUUCUAAAUCUUUAUCCAAUGGUUCAAUAUUAUUGUGUUUUUCUCUUAAUUGCUUUUUGUGUACACUAUGAACUUUAAUUUUAUGUAAUAAAUGAAGCUGUAUCAAAGAAAUAACUAUAACGAUAGAUUUUUUUGAGUAAAACUUGGAUGUGGGCAGGUGUCACCCAGCACUUGCAUCCAGCCUCUUCCUCAGUUUUCUUUAAUUUUCUUCUUCAUCAUUUUUUUUAUUCCUUCAACAAUCUCCGAAUCGUUCUUUGUUCUUAUUCUCCUCGUUUUUUCUCUAAUAUAAUCUUUAGGGAUUAUUCCUUUCCCAAUCUCCACUCCAUAUAGCCCUUUAUCCUCAUCAUCAAUUUUUGCAUUUAACCUCUCCUCUUCACCAUGAACUUGCAAAUCUAAAAGAGUACUCCAAGGACCAAUGUGCUCUUGUUGGAGAUGGGUAAAAGAUUUGAUGGUUUUGGCUGUCAUAGUUCUUAUUAGAAGUAAAACUGUCUGUUAAUAGUUAGCUUCUGUUUAGUUACAAAUCAGUUUCUUUUUUUGUUACAACUACCUUUGUAAAUAAUUCUACAAAUAUGACUGUUGAUGAAUGAAUAAAAUGAGUGAAAGUAUUCAACCCAA